GCAGCGCGGGUCCGCACGGGAGUCGCUCAUUUCGGUCGGAGGGUCGGUGGGGCGGCGGAACCCGAGCGGCCUGCUGGGGCCCCCGCCCCUGCAUCGCUUCCUAACUCCCAGUCCUCAGAGAAGCUCUCACAGUCCCCGGACUGGGUCCCAGUUGCCUUUCCGAACGGCAAGCCUCAGUUUCUCGGUGGCACUUGGACUCUCGCCGUGGGAGGGAGACCGGUCAGCAGUCUCCAGCCGCAGAUUCGUGGACCCUUUUCACAGACGCUUCGCGCAGCCUCAGAUUGCCUUGGAUGAUGGCCUGCGUCUGACAGUCCCAUCAGCUCUUCUCAGCGCUCCUGAGGCCACAGCUGUCAGCUCCUCUGACCCUCAGCACUUGCCUGGAACGCGGAGGAGAGGAGAUGGGCCUCAUGAGGGAGGAGGGAGACUGAAUUCGCAGUACUCAGCCAGGUCCCGAGGCAGGACAGACACCCCAGGGCGUGUGGACAGCCCAGGUGAGAAGAAGCCAGCCCGAGUGAGGAAGAGUCACGCCUCCUGCUGCUGUGGCCAGUGGGAUUCAGAGAGUCAGAGGAAACAGAUGAUGACGGCACCCCCGCCCACUAUGGCAGCCUCCCCGCUCCCACCGCCAGACCCCCAGUUUGUCCUCCGAGGUACCCAGUCGGCAGUGCAUGCGCUGCAUUUCUUCGGAGGAGCCCGAGGACAGGAGCGCCCACUCCUCCUCUCAGGGUCCCUGAGUGGGCUGGUGCACAUCUGGAGCCUGCAGACGCGGAGGGCGGUUGCUACGCUGGACGGCCACGGGGGCCAGUGUGUGACCUGGCUGCAGACACUGCCCCAGGGGCACCAGCUCCUCAGUCAAGGUCGGGACCUGAAGCUGCGCCUAUGGGACCUGGCAGAGGGCAGAAACGCCGUCGUGGACUCUGUGCCCCUGGAGAGCUUGGGCUUCUGCAGGAGCUCCGUCCUAGCCAGGGGUCAGGAGCGUUGGAUGCUGGCUGUGCCGGGGAGAGGUAGUGAAGAGGUUCAGAUUCUGGAGAUGCCAUCCAAGACGUCAGUGUGCACCCUGAAGCCGGAGGCAGAUGCCAAGCCGGGCAUGCCCAUGUGCCUGGAGCUGUGGCAGGCUGACUCCAGUCCCCGCCCACUCCUCCUGGCUGGCUAUGAGGACGGAUCGGUGGCCCUGUGGGACGUCUCUGAGCGGAAGGUGUGCAGCCGCGUUGCCUGCCACACGGAGCCCGUCAUGGGCUUUGACUUUGACUCCCAGAAGGCCAGGGGCGUCUCGGGCUCCGCGGAGAAGGCGCUGGCUGUCUGGAGCCUGGAUGAGCAGCAGGCCCUGCAGGUGUGCGGAACUCACGAACUCACCAAUCCUGGGAUCGCUGAUGUCAAGAUCCGGCCAGACCGCAAGAUCCUGGCCACUGCAGGCUGGGACCAUCGUGUCCGUGUGUUUCACUGGAGGACGAUGAAGCCACUGGCUGUACUGUCCUUCCACAGUGCCACUGUCCACUGUGUGGCCUUUGCCACCGAUGGCUUGCUGGCCGCAGGGUCUGGUGAUCAGCGCAUCAGCAUCUGGUCACUCUACCCGAUCUGCAGAGACGCGUCCACUCCCUUGUUGGGACAUGCUGAGGGCGGGGAGGUGGGCGCCCAUGCUUUGGCCUGACCCAGGCAUGUGGAACCCGUGCAUCGGGACACCCCCCCGCCCCCAGACAGCCAGUCACAGUUCUCCUCUUCCAGUUACAAGAGGUGCUUGGUCCAUGGUUCGUUUUCUGCACAAGGCGUGUGUUUCCUUUUGUGGAAUACAGCAUCUGUACGACAGUGA